AUGGCAACAACAGGCAUGCAGUUGCUGGGCCUGAUCCUGUCCAUUGUGGGCUGGGUGGGUGGGGCAGUAGUGUGUGCCAUCCCCCUGUGGAGGGUCACCGCCUUCAUUGGUAACAACAUAGUGACAGCUCAGAUCAUAUGGGAAGGUCUUUGGAUGAAUUGCAUAGUGCAAAGUACAGGUCAGAUCCAGUGUAAGGUGUACGAUAGCUUGCUGGCUCUGCCCAGUGACAUGCAGGCUGCCCGUGGUCUUACUGUGUUCUCGAUCCUGCUCUGUGGUCUGGCUCUGGCUCUGGGAGUCCUUGGAGUCAAGUGCACUAAAUGCAUAGGUGUAAACAGCCUCAAGGCACGUAUCGCUCGCAUUUCUGGCGCCCUUUUUGCGAUCGCAGGGUUCCUGUACCUUGUGCCAGUCUGUUGGACUGCCCACUCCAUCAUCAGGGAUUUCUAUGAUCCACAUGUGGCAGCGCCACACAAGCGAGAGCUUGGGCCUGCUCUUUACAUCGGCUGGGGAGCAUCAGCCUUGCUUCUCAUUGGGGGAUCUCUGCUCUACGCAGGAUCAAGUCCCCCUGGCAUCCCAGGAUCUCCCACCUUCAGCAGUGGAGAAAGCAGUCCCCGUAGGGCACCUGCCACACAAGUCAAAGGUUACGUCUGAACGCCCUCAAGUUCCACAAAUUCACCUCAAAUGAUGAGAAACCUGUUUUUACUCCUCUUGAAUUUUCUCCCCAUCAUUAUUUACAUGUAAUGUUACUCCAGUUUACUUUUUCUCUUCGAAAAUACACAGGAGGCUGUAUAGGGAACAUUUAAUUUAUUUUAUUAUUUCAUACCUGAUAUUGUUCAGUAACCAUUUUUUCUGUCUGUCAGUAAAAUAAAAUAAAAUUGUAUCCUCUGUGCAGGAAAAAUGUGUGCGUUGACAUUUUUACAAAUAUAAAACACUCUUAAAAAUCUCUGUUUUAUGUGUUUGCUAAGUAAAGAUUAUAAUAGUACUACAUUAAUAAUAGUUUUUUUUUUAGAAAAAAAUCUUCGACUCAUUUAUGUAAACACUACUGCUGGUUGGAAAAGAACAAUAGAACAAUGAAGAUGUUUGUACAUUUA